AUGCUCAUUUCUGAUGAACAUGAAUAUGCCUAUACGGCAUCACACCAAGGUGAACGUGAGCAGAUGCUUAAAAUGAAAGAGAGCCUGGAAGAAGAGAUAAUUAAAAUGCGUAAAUCCUAUCAGCUCAACGAGGAGUACCGAGCCAAGAUUGAUGAACUGCAACUAACCACAACGGCAUUGGAUGCCGAUGAGACCAGAUGCAAUGCUGUAACUCUCACCCAGCUUAAAGUAGAGGAGGUGGGAUAUUAA